AAAAAAAAAAUGGCCCUGCAUAGAGUUUUAGCUUUCGCCUUUCGGAUCCCAAUUCUCAGUUAACAUAAUAUUUGAUCAGAUUAUAUCUCCCUAAAACUUAUUAUGAAAUUUUUAUUUUAAGGAUAUAAGUAAAGAGUUACUCACUGCCCACGUUCUUUCAGAAUUACCCCGUUUAUCGCUUUCCCGUACUUGAACAUAAAUUCCAUGUGAUCUACAGUAAAGAGUUAUAUACACAUAUGUUAAGAUUUUUUUUCAAAUAAUUCUUUGUUAUAAUGACCUACUUGUAUUAAAGCUAUGCUGAAAUUGACACAGAGGUUUUGGAAACAUACUAACUUUGCAUGUAAUUUGCAUAAUAAUAGAAUAAAUUUUAAAAAUUAUCAUCUCCUUACUUUAAGAAGUAGAUAUCAUGUACUGAAUAGUCAACUUUUGAAAAAUCCCUUUAUAAUUCAUUGUUCAUGGGGUAGGUUGCUGGCUAGUAUUACAAAAGAUAGUCGAUACUUCCAGAGGUCUGAUAUUAAGGAAGACAAAAUGGCGGAUGGGAUUGGAGAGGUUCCUAUAUGGACACCUUACCAAUCUGAUGACGUCAUUCUAAUUUCAUCAAGUUCGUCAUCUUGUUCGGAUGAUCUUGAUGACUAUGGUCAAAAACAUGAGUAUCAAUGUUGGGAAUCUGAUAAUGUUACUGCUGGUUUUUCAGAUUCGUUUCGAGUUCUCUCCUACAACGUUUUAGCUCAAAAUUUGCUUGAAUGUCAUCCUUAUUUAUACAAAGACUGUACACCAACAAAUUUAAUAUGGGAGGAAAGAUUUCUAAAAAUCUUCAAUCAAAUAAUUAAUGCUAAUCCCGACAUCAUAUGUUUGCAAGAAGUAGAGGAAGCACGUUUAACCGACUUUACAUCAAAAUUGGAGACGAUAGGAUUUAAGACGUUUUUUAAGAAAAAAAAGAUUAAGCAAGAUGGCUGUGCUAUUUUCUUUCGGAGUUCGAAAUUUGAAAUGAUAGAUAACUUGACGGUGGAGUUUCACCAACCCAAUUUGCCAAUACUAAACCGCGACAAUGUGGCCUGUUUGGCUAAAUUAAAGCUACGAGAUAAACCAGACUCUAUGCCUAUAGUUGUUGUAACAACACAUUUACUGUACAACCCUCGACGCAUGGAUGUUCGUUUGGCACAAAUAAGGUUAUUAUUGGCCGAAAUCGACAGAUUCGCAUACUACAAUACAGGCAGGAACCGCGGUCACUGGCCAAUCGUUUUGACAGGAGAUUUCAAUUCUCAACCGAACAGUCAGGUUGUACAGCUGAUACGUGAAGGAUACCUUAGCGACCCGAUUGUGAACGACGACCAUUCGGAUUGGAGAAACAUUAAUGUGACUAACAACUGCGAACACCUAUCUUUAUUUAUGAACAGGCUUUCAGAGAACUUAACGUCUGAUUUCAGCAUAACACUGAUUCAUAAUUCGGAUUACGGGGAAAGUAAUAUAUCUGAAGAUGAUAUGAAUAGUAAAAGAGUCCAAUUCGAGGAAAUGUUUACAGGAAUGACAUUGAGACAUUCUUUAAAAUUUUCAAGUGUUUAUGAUCACGUAAAGAAAAAUGGUAAAAAGGAGGGUACGACUUUCCAAAAUAGUUGGGUGACGGUUGACUAUAUAUUUUUCAGUAAUUUGCUGAAAUUAGAGGAACGUCUACGUCUUCCUUCAGUGUCGGAAGCAAAAAAGAUGGGCCCGCUACCUAACGACUACUGUGGCUCCGACCACAUACCGCUGGCCGCCAUGUUUACCUUACGUAAUGUGUCUAUGCCUUCAUAGAGGCCGCCAAAGUAGGUUUUAUUAACUUUAUUGAGUUUUUAAUAAUUAUACAUUAAUAGUAUUUUAUGAACUAGACUUAAACAGACAACAAACGUAAUGCAAGUUCGUGUAAGACGUUAUUUUUGUGUAAAAUAAUAAUAAUAAUAAAAUAAUAAUAAUGUUUAAUCUGUUAAUGUUUUUAAAAGUUUAUAGUAUAAUUUAUAUUUUAAAGAAAAAAAAGUAGUGUAAUUCUAAGAACAAAAUUACUGAUUCAAUAUCGGAAUAUAAAGUGUACAAAUGUGCAAGUAUUUUUAUUUAAAAAAAUGUUAUGACAUUUAAAUGUGGUAAAAGCAGGCAAUGUACAUUACAAUAUAAUGUACAUUAGUAAAAUGUACAUUGAAUCAAUUAACAUUUAUGUAAAUAGAAUAUUUUAUUUACAAUGCAAUUCGCCUUAAUUAUUUGUAAUUGUCAUGUUUUUACUCUUAAAACGAUAGUUAAUAGCUUGAAGAGGUUUUGUGAAAUAUAAUAUUAAA